AUGGCGACCUCCAUGAAAAUGGGGAAUGUAGUCUACAUCGCACUUGUGGUCUUCGUGACCCUGUCUCUGGUUCAAGCAAAAACCAAGUACGUCACCGUCUCCCUCGAUGCCAAGUGGAUGUCGGCCCCUUUGGUACUCGAAGCAAGUGAAUUCUUUGCCAAGGAGAGCAGUGAACAGUUCUGGAAGUUUGUCGAUGCUGUGUCCAAACACUCACAAACUGAGGUCUACGGAGAACACGAUGAAGAACACUAUAACUUCAUCAAAAAAGUUGCGAGUGAGUUCCUGUCACCAUUCAAGUUGAAGCUAUUCCUCUUCUCUCUGUCAUUGAGGGCGCACUCCCCAGCCAUUUCGAUGUACCACCAGGUUGCUGGCAACGUGGAUCACCCAGACUGCGAAACGUUUGUAGAGGUGAACGGAAAGUUCACAUGCGACGUGGCCGAGGUGGACGCUUUGUUGAAAGAAAAUAAUGAGCUCAAGACUGUGGUUUUCAAGUCGGAUCACCACUACCCCGGUGUAGUCAAUGAGGACAGUGUCGUCAUCCUGUACGGCGCACUUGGCACAACAAGCUUUACGGCAUUCCACGAAGAAUUGAAGAAACUCGCCAGCACUGGGAAAAUCGAUUAUAUCUUGAGACAUUAUGUUAAGGACAUAGGCGAUGAGAAGGUUCGACUCUCUGGGUACGGGGUGGAACUUGCCAUCAAGAGUCAGGAAUAUAAGGCCAAGGAUGAUACUAAAGUCGAAGUGAAGCCAACUCCUGAUGAUAAGGGCAAGGCCCAUGACGCCAAUGAGGACAAAGACGAUGACGUCCAGGGCUUCCUUUUCAGUCGCCUCAAGGAGAUGUAUCCCGAACUCAAGGAAAACCUCAGCGAAUUCCGCAAGUUUCUGGUUGAAAGUAGCAACGAGAUGGCUCCGUUGAAGGUGUGGCAGUUGCAGGAUUUGAGUUUCCAAGCAGCACAACGGGUUGUGUCCGCAGCUCCUAAAGAAUCGUUACGAGUUCUACGGGACAUCAGUCAGAAUUUCCCGACGCAGACGCGAUUUCUGGUUAAGACGACGGUCAAGGAGGAGAUGAGGACUGAGAUUCAACAGAACCAGAGGAUUUUGGAGUCCGUAUAUCAAGUUGGAACGGGUGAAUCCACGUUAUUCAUCAACGGGUUACAGAUUGACUUCGAUAUCUACGACCCAUUCACUCUCCUUGAUACCCUGAAGUCCGAGGCCAGGCUACUCGAGGGUUUCCAUGCUAUUGAUAUCAAGGGUGAUCACCUUCAGACGAUGCUUUCACUUGAGAUGAAGGAUUCGGAUGUACAAUACGCUUUGGACAUUAGGGACCAAAGUGUUCAGUAUUUAAACAAUCUUCAAAAGGACAAAAAGUACAACAGCUGGCCUUCAUCGGUCCAGGAGUUCCUGAGACCAACCUUCCCAGGGAUGUUACGCCACAUCGCCAAGAAUAUCUUCCACCUCGUCUUCAUGGUCGACCCAGCACAGAAACCAAGUCGUGAACUACUCAAAAUGGCGGAGGCGUUCUACGUCCACAGUGCACCAAUCAGGAUAGGCGUGGUAGUCCUCUCAACCGACAAAGAUGACAUCGACGGCCGAGAAGAUGCCAGCGUGGCACUGUACCGCGCAUUCACCUACUACAGAAAGAAGGACUCUGCGUACAAGGGGGUGUCAUUCAUCACCGACGUCUACGAGAGAGCGGGCAGUGGAGAGAUUACCCCAGAGGUCGUUGUGGCCGAGAUGCUGAGCGAAGGCUUAACUGAUCCCGAGAUUAAGUCCAUUCUUGGCCCGAAGUCAAAAUAUGAUAAAGGGAGACUGGAAGCUGUUGACUUCUAUAAGCGUACUGGCCUUGGGAGCCUCCCUCAAGUCCUCAUGAAUGGUGUGCCCUUAAAGAAGGAGGAACUCACUGGCGAUUCAUUCGAAGAGGCAGUAGUCGGCAGCAUCAUGAAGGCUACCCCCGACAUCCAGAAGGCGGUCUAUAAUGGUAAAAUCUAUGAUGGCAAGGACAUCCUGGAAUGGUUGAUGUCGCAGAAGUCUGUCAUGCCGAGGUUGAAUAAUCGCGUUUUCAACCUGGAUGAUGCCGAGUACUUAGACUUCACGAAGAAUGCUAAUCCCGCAUUGCUUGACCGCGGCACCGCCUUCAAGAAAAAGAGUCCAGCCGAGAUGACAGGGGUGCUGGCUGGUGCCCUCAGAUAUAUCACCAGGAGAGAUGAUGUCUAUGUGAGGCAGAUGACCUACUGGGUGGUUGGUGAUCUCGGGACGAAAUCUGGACGCAGGUUGCUAUACGACGCCAUCAGGCAUUCUAAAUCUUCUAACGACGCUCGAAUCGGUAUUGUACACAACCCGACCACUUUCCCGAAAGGUGCCGAGAAGCCGCUAAUAGCCACAGCUGUUCAGGUCGCCAUUGACACCCUGCCCAACAAUCUCGCUAAGAUGUUCAUCACAAAGUUGCUGAAGGAGGAGAAUGUUGUAGCGUUGGUUGAUGGGACAAGGAAAAUAAGGGACUUAGAAGUCAAUGGUAUGGAUAUUGAUAAGUAUGAAGAGUCGCUGAAGCAGUGGACUAACGACUUUCUGCACAGCCAUCGUGGAUUCUGCGAGAAAGCUCUGGAGAUUCAGCCGGGGGAGCGAGUGGUAAUAGCAAAUGGAAGGAUUAUUGGUCCGUUCCGUGAUGAUGAAGAGUUCAGCCAGGAAGACUUUGGCGUGUUGGAGAAGCAUGGCUCACAGCUCGUGGCGAGCUCGGUCAAGGAUAAGGUCAUAGAGAUGAGUCUCAAUGCUCACCAUUCUAGUGACAUAGUUAUGAAGAUCAGUUCUCUCCUGCUGUCCAACCCACACUCCGGCAGCUCAAGAAAAAAUCUUAAUGGUCUUAGAGGUCGUCACAGCGCCGUUGACCUCCCCGCACCCAACGAGGGCCCGUCAUUCGAUAUAGUCGCCGUAGUUGACCCGGCGACACGCGAGGCUCAACGUAUGGCGCCGAUCAUUCUGGUGUUACAGGAGGUCGUCAAUGCCAAUGUGAAGAUUUACAUGAACUGUAGAGAAAAACUAUCGGAGAUGCCAUUAAAGAAUUUCUAUCGAUUUGUAUUGGAACCCGAAGUGACCUUCAAACUGGAAAAAACCGUGACGGGCCCGAUCGCGACAUUCUCCAACCUGCCCCACAAACCGCUCCUCACCAUGAACUUUAAUCCUCCUCAGAGCUGGCUGGUCGAGUCGGUCCGGACGCCGUAUGAUUUGGACAACAUAUAUCUCGAAGAGAUUGAGACCGGAGUCAAUGCCCAUUAUGAGCUCGAGUAUCUUCUCCUGGAGGGCCAUUGCUACGACACAGCCACCGGCACACCACCUAGGGGCCUACAGUUUACCCUUGGGACGACCAAGAACCCGAUUAUGUUCGACACCAUCGUCAUGGCAAAUUUGGGUUAUUUCCAACUGAAGGCCAACCCAGGUGCGUGGACCCUGCGACUACGAGAGGGAAGAUCUAAGGAGAUCUAUGAUAUAACCAGCCACGAGUACACAGACUCACCCUCAGAUUCGACAGACGUCAUUGCCAUGAUUGACAGCUUCAAGAGCAAAAUUAUCAAAGUUAAGGUCACCAAAAAGCCCGAACAUAUCCGCGAAGAUUUGUUGCAGACAGAGGACAAAAAUGGCGGCAUCUGGGACAGCAUAUCGAGGUGGGUCCCCGGUGACUCGUGGUGGAGUAAGUUUACUGGCGGCGCCAAAGAUGAGGACAAGGACAAUACACUGAACAUCUUCUCUGUUGCAUCCGGACAUCUUUAUGAGCGAUUCUUAAGAAUAAUGAUGCUGAGUGUCAUGAAGAACACGAAAUCCAAAGUCAAGUUUUGGUUCCUGAAAAACUACCUGUCACCCUCAUUUAAAGAAACGAUUCACCUUCUGCAAGAGAAGUACGACUUUGAGUAUGAGCUAGUCCAGUACAAGUGGCCUCGAUGGCUACAUCAACAAACGGAAAAACAGAGAAUCAUCUGGGGGUACAAAAUCUUAUUCUUUGACGUCCUAUUCCCUCUGAAUGUCAAAAAGAUCAUCUUCGUCGAUGCUGAUCAGAUUGUGCGCACCGACCUUCAGGAGUUAUACGACCUUGACUUGGAGGGCGCACCAUAUGGCUACACCCCGUUCUGCGACAGUAGGACAGAGAUGGAUGGCUUCAGAUUCUGGAAGUCUGGAUAUUGGGCGAGUCAUUUGGGACAUAGAAAGUAUCACAUUAGUGCAUUAUAUGUGGUCGAUCUCGUCAAGUUUAGAAAAAUAGCGGCCGGUGACCGGUUACGAGGACAAUAUCAGGGUCUCAGUCAGGAUCCUAACAGUUUAUCUAAUCUGGAUCAGGAUCUACCGAAUAACAUGAUACAUCAAGUAGCGAUAAAGUCAUUGCCUCAAGAGUGGCUCUGGUGCGAGACAUGGUGCAGCGAUGCAUCGAAAGCGUCUGCUAAAACUAUAGAUCUGUGUAAUAAUCCGCAAACUAAGGAGCCGAAGCUACAGGCCGCCAUGAGAAUCGUACCCGAGUGGAAAGAUUACGACCAAGAAAUUAAAGACAUCCUUGAAAAAUAUGGCACCAGUGGCGAUGCAAAUACUAGUCAAACUAGUCAAAGUAGCAAAACUUCGACAGAUUCCGAACACGUUAAACCAAGUAUACAAAAUAUAAAAGUUAGCCACGGAGAGAAGAAGGAUGAAUUAUAACAGAGCUGAGGAACUAGGGAGAAUAGAUGUAGAAAUGAUAUUGCAUUUAACAACGUUAACCUGAUGAGGAUUGCAAGGGAUAGCAGGGUAUCUGAAAUCAUAUGCAGAUCGCCAUUUAAAGGCCCAGUACUAUCUGCAUCAUUCUAUUUCACCUAUUGAGUAAAGGGGAGACAAUACCUAAAGAGAUUGAAAAAGGGGCAAUUUUCAACAUAAUUUCAGCACUUGUAGAAGUAGGUAUGUUUACAUCAGAUAAUGCUCAAUCACUUACUGUCAGUAAUAUACACAAUUCAAUUUGUAAGAUCUGUUAGAAUGUGCAGAAUAGAAAUGGUAGGUGUUCUCUUGUCAUAUUGAGGUGGUUGGAGUUGCUAUUGCCACAGAAAGGGAAGAACUAAAUAGGAGGGGUGGGGGGCAUACCUUAUGUGUACUUAGGUGUAGCCAGAGAAAUACUGCAGUAUGUGUACUGUAGUACAUGUGGGUAUCAAGUAGUAUAUUGCGUCUUUGUUAAUUAUUGUACCAAUACAGGAUAAAUUUGCUAGCAUCUACUGAAAGAAGCAGAGCGAUAUAGCACCGUAAUUUUUUUGCUCCCCUGUGAGCAAUUCCGGGGAAUGAUACAGGGAGAGAUACUUGCCCAGAUACUUCCCUGAGCGCUUGGGGAAGGAUUUAGAUUUCAACUGUUUGAAAGACAUCAUUGACGUCUCGCUCUCUCCUAUGACGUCGCUAGCAUCGCUAUAAGAUACACGGAUCACAUCAUGGCUUAUUUGUACCCUUCCCCUUGGUCUGUAUCCUCUCCUUGCAAGGCCUACAGACACUCGAGGAAGGAUACCAGAAAAGCCACGAUAUAUAAUCUCAAAGUCUCUUUGAUAUAUACCAUGUGGGUAUCAGAUCUUUGAUAUAUCAUGCGGGUAUCAGAUCUUUGAUAUAUCAUGUGGGUAUCAGAUCUUUGAUAUAUCAUGUGGGUAUCAGAUCUUUGAUAUAUCAUGUGGGUAUCAGAUCUUUGAUAUAUAUGUGGGUGUCAGAUCUUUGAUAUAUCAUGUGGGUAUCAGAUCUUUGAUAUAUCAUGUGGGUAUCAGAUCUUUGAUAU